CGACUAAUAAUAAAACUUAACAGUGCGCUGAAUAAAAUCGACCAAUCAGAGAGGUCUUUCACUCUGAAAGAACUUUGGGUGAUUUUUGGUUUCUCUUGUCACAUCCUGUCCUAGUUCUAGCCAUAAAAAACUUAAAACACAAUAACAACAACAACAUUUUUUUGUGAUAAUUCCAGUUUAAAACAAUAUUUACGAUCAUUCACUAUGUACCGAAACGAACCAAACAUGAACUACUAUGGCACUUCCCAGAUUAAAGACUUCGGCCGUUUUUUAGAAGAUUAUGAUGUAAAUCUGCAUCAUUUGGGCUUUGAAUCUGAUUCAGUGAAAUGCAAAAUUCCAACUAUGUAUCUAAGCCUAGAUGCUACACAAGAGAAAAUUGAUUGCGUCCAUCUAAUAGAUACUGAUAAUAAAAUCCUGAAUAAAAUCUUGUACACAUUCUGUACAUUGUGUCAGGAAUGUGGUUCAUUAAAGGAUGAAUUCACGAAUCUUACGGAGCAGUUUCUUUGUUUCGACGAAUCACUAAACGACAAUCCCGAUCAGCUGCGUGAAAACAGCACAGUAACUGCUGAUCAAUCAUCACUUUUAGUUAUUGGUGAUAAAAUUGAGCUUCUAACACAAAUCAAAUGCUACUUUGAGCGAAUAACGGAAGUAUCUCUUUUAAUACUACUGCAACUGGGUGGUAUUUUUGAUCCCGCCAAUAAAUUUGGUCAUUUUAAUCACCUGAAUUGUGAACUACAUGUUAUGUUUGAAUGCUUGGAAGAGCUAAUUUAUUUGCCUGUAUUAUUUGAUGUGAUUGUGGGGAACUCCGUUUUCAAAACAUAUUGGAAAUUUUACGUUAAGCAAAUAAAUGCUCUGAAACUCAAUCAAAAAACAAUAUCUGAGGUUGAACAAAGUAAUCACGUUUAUGAUUUAAGCAAAGCAGUAGAUGCAAUUGACACAUGGUGCGGUGGAUAUGCCUACAAGCAUAUUCUGGAAGCCGUGUUUGUUUCCAAGCAAAAACUUUCGCUAGAAUCAGCAUCGAUAAUGGCGGAGCAUUUUUUACGUUACAUUAGACAACGUAUAACCGAAACAAAUUCAUACAGUACCGUUUUGCCACGCAACGAAGAGGCUAAGACUAUCGUUAAGUUGAACGCAAUGGUGAACAUGUACCAUUACAUAUUCGUUAGCAUUGACAGUAAGGUUCUGAAGAAUCUGCUGGACAUAAAUGAAAAGUUUUGUGAUAUUCCCCUGAAUGGAAAAGUCUUGUGGGCUCCGGACGAUUUCUUUCGGAAGUAUGGUCAUAAAUCAAUUCGUGAUUGUGACCGAAACGAUUAUCAAAAAGCAAGAAUUGCUCGUCUUACGAAUAGAAAGAAGAGUUUGGCCAAAGAUCUACUAUUUUAUUGUAUUCAGAUAACUAGUUGGCUAGUUAGAAUUACAGCUGCGUUCAAAACUACAAAAUACGACACAACAUUGGAUACGCUGCGACGGAAGUGCGAAUUAAUUUUAGAAGGUGUACAGUAUGCACAAGAAAUUAGUUUCAUUGUGCAAUCGCUAACAUUACUGCACUUGUAUUUACAUGAAUCUUUUAGCAAAGAAACAUUUCAAACUAUUGGGAAAAUGCUGGAAUAUUUGCAGUGUAUUUAUAACUUUUUCAGUUGUCAUCAAAAAACAAUUUCAGAAUACAACCAAUACAUAGUCCAGUACCUGCAGCAUAAAAUUUUCGUUAUUGUUGGGCAUUCAAAGAAAAAAUUAAUCAACGAAGCAAAAAAUAAAAAGAGUGAAGCUCUCGUUGAUAGACUAUCCGCUUUCCACGUAAUAGAACGAUGUAUGAGCGGACCAGCAAACCGUACUCGUUUGACUGUAGCCCGUUUAGCCAUUUCUAUAACCGAUCCACGGCAAACAAUAACAUGGGAAUGCUACACAAGAAUUCAAAUUCAGUUACAACAACUAGAAACUUUAUCCAAUCUUCAAAGUAAAGUCAGUCAACUGUGCAAUAUCCAGUUUAUGCAUUGGCAUCAGUCAUUUUUCGCAUUUUAUGUGGCAAAUUAUUAUCAACAAAGCUCUGUACCAGAAAAUGUUAAAUUUAUUUUGCAAAAUGCUUCAUUGUGCUGUGACAGUAUAGCGAAAAUUUCAUCUGAUGGACAAAUCGUGCAUUAUUUAGCCAAGGACCAUCGGAAAAUCGUGAAAGAAUUGCUAAUGGAUCAAAUCAGCAAUCACAUUGAAACGUAUAUUCGCCUUGAUUAUUAUGGGAAAACUUAUCAGAUUGAAGCUUUCAAUCCUUUUACGGAUACCACAAUGGUAUUAAAUAAUAUUCACUCAUUACUUCGAAUGGAACCCGCUUUGGUCGGAGGUGAAUACUUAUGCGUAACGGAGCACGUUAGACGUUACCUCAGUAAUACAUACUAUACACUCGCUUCAAUUUCUCAGCACGAUUGGAAAAUAUAUAAAGAAAUGCGCUGCCAAGCAGAGAGUUAUGAGCUUGAAACCGUAGAAGAUCAACUACCCAAACAGACUCUUGAACAAGGACUAGAUAUAUUAGAAAUUAUGCUCAACAUUGAGCAAUUCGUCAGUCACUACGUGUACAAUUUAAAUUUUCAAAUCUUUAUUGAACAAACCAGUAAUAACAGCUUUUUGAAUACUGUUAACAUAAGCCACAUAGCCAAUUCACUCCGAAGGCAUGGAAAUGGCAUUAUAAAUACGACGGUAAACUACACUUUCCAAUUUUUACGACAAAAACUAUUCGUUUUCUCGAAUUUUCUGUACGAUGAGCAGAUAAAGGCUCGACUUAUUAGUGAUGCAAAAUAUUUCUCGGAAAAUACUGAUGAACUCAAUCAAACAUACGAUUAUAGUCGAGCUCAUGCUUUCAACAGAAAGAUAAAAAACCUUGGCUUAUCAGAAACUGGUGAAACUUAUAUGGACCUCUUUCGUAAACUUAUAUGUCACAUUGGAAAUGCCAUGGGUUACGUGCGAAUGAUUCGCUCAGGAGCUUUGCAUGAGUGUACUGAAGAGACAGUCUAUUUACCAAUUAUUGACGGAGAUCUCAAUUUCGUGAGGUAUGCUAAAGAAGAGGACCUGUAUGACCAGAGUGUCAGCGCUGCGCUAAUUCUUGAAAAUGAUAUUAAUACACUUUGCAAAAACUAUCGAAUAGACACAAAUUACUUUCGCUUGCUGGUCAAUGCCUUUUUAUCCUUACGCGAUCCUGAAAAUAUUCAUUUGCAAAAUUUUUGCAUGAUCAUACCGCCUUUGACAAUUAAUUUCGUGGAGUAUAUUUUAAAAGCCAAGGAGAAAAUAACGAAAAAAGACAAAGUGGGAGCCUUGUUUACAGAUGAUGGAUUUGCUAUGGUUCAGACAACCAGACAAGAUUUGCCAUGGUAGGCGAUGCGAUCAGAUAUUUCCUUUUUCUCGCUCAAAGAAUAAAUUCCAAACUACAUAGUAAAACUACGUAGUACGUCAGUUAAAUUCUACCUAAGGCUCCAAAGGACUUCAGUUUCAGUGAGACGGUGUAGAAAUUAAAGGGACUAUUCGGCACGAAGGAGUCCUCCGUCAAGAAGCGUUACUGCACUCUCACCGUCACCAUGGUCUCAACGAAAUUAUGGUUCUAGGAUAAAUAAAAUAAGCGUCGAGUUCGAGUUAUCCAAGCUCACAAAAGAGACGACAAUGACGCCACCCUGGAAUGCCAGCAGAUGGCCAAUUUGAGAAGUGACGCAGCGAUGAUCAAGGGUCCUGUCGGCCAGGGGUGGCAUUGCGCAGCUCGAUUCGAACGAUUUUCGCUAUUUUCGAGUAGGUCACAUACUACCAGUUAUGCUUUAAGCUUAAAAGGAGCUGUCAUUGUCAUUCGUCCUGCGGCUCAUCUAACCCGCAAAGUCGAAAAAAAUACGAAAAACGAAACAUAGCGCCCCCCAGCGAUCAUUUAGUUUUCUUCGAGUUGCUCGAAGCGAAAUGCGCAAUGUCACCCCAGGUUCAAGCCACCAAGGAAAAUGUCCAAUAUCGGAAACAGUUUUGAUAGCGAUCCAGAGAACGUUCGAAGCCGUCAUCAAAGCUGGAAAAAUCAAUGGCACGACGCACAGCGGGCGAAUCUUCGUGUCCAACCAUCCUCUGAAUCUCCUCGGCAUCGAUCGCACCGCAAAGUUCCAGUUCUAGUCAUUACCGAUGUACAACUUUUACAACUUCGUCGGGGGUACUACAAUAGCUAAGGCUUCCCUGCAAAAGGCGUAUCUGGUACUAUUCAGUAACACACUAGGGCUUGCCUCCAAAAUCCAAGUCAAACAAAGCUGAAAGAGUUGUAUAAGUUAUAUUUUCGUCGUGAGAGACCGGCUCCGUACGAUAUGCUGCCGAUGAUCAGCAAAGAACUCGACCGACUAGAGCGUCGAAUCAUUUAGACAGUCGCGGCUCCAAGAGUCGUGGUGCGUAAGGCAUCUGUAGCUUGCAUCUGUAGGAAUUAUUCGACCAGCUUCAGUGACAUCAGUAUCCCCUUCCGCUACCGCAAGACGUAAUCUGAAAGCAUUCCAAUUGCACUGUGUUCAGUUCUCUUCAAAUGGAAUAGGACGAGAACUGCCAUCAUCUCCAUCAUCAGUACAACAAGUUGCCUCUCGGUGUCAAAGCUGCUUCGGACGCGUUCCAGCAGCUGAUGGAUACCAUACUGGCAGAUCUUCCGUGUACAGCAGGCUACCUGGACGACGUAGUUUUGGGUGGCAAGGAUGCCGCCAAACAUCAGCGCAACCUACAGGCUACAGCGGCCUGAAGUAUUCGAGAUUACAGCAGCUAGAUACCAGACCAGCCAAUAAAGUUAAUAAAGCGACAGCAUCCAGCGUUUCUUCAGAAAGUUCAUCGUUUCAUCCGCAAUGACUGGCCUAAAUCAAGGUAGGAAAUCAAAAUCGAGAGUUGGCUCGGUACUACGAUGGCCAAGAAGCUCUAUUGGUCGUUCAAGACAGCAUUAUGUUCGGGAACAGACUGGUAAUUCCGACUAUCUUCUGAAGGCGGUGCCUCAUUCAACUUUAUUGACCGGGGACGACGGGAUCGUUACCUUCGUCAAAGGAUGCAGUCACUGCGCAUUCGUAGCACGGUCCCCAUCAAAAGUGGAACCAGAGUCGUGGCAUCCGACAACGGGUCCUUGACAACGGGUUCACGCCGUUACGCAAGAAUUCGCAAGAAGUGGACCUCUGCUGCAAAAACGGGAUUCGACACGCAACAACAUUCCAUCCACAGUCGAACGACACAGUUCGGUGAUAUGUAACACCUGAGGGGAACACCCGGAAACUAAUCAGAUCACACAUUAACCAGCACAGACGACGGUCUUCGGGAACCUAAACAGCAACAGCAGUGCAGAAGUCUUCCACUUAAUACCUUGCCAAAAUCUCAGUUAGCGGAUAUUUCGGAAGCGGAAGAGCUUGAACACUCGCUGUCCACGAUAGUUGCUGCAUCACUUUCUACACUGACUAUCAGACCUGCAACAGCGAAAUCCUGUCCUCCAUCAGCGUUGACGGCAUUUGAAAUUGCUGUAGAAAGUUCCCCCACAGCUCAGCUACCUCGGCGAUCUUCACAGACCAGAAGACUGCCACAAAGGUUCCAGGUGAACCAUAGGUACUAGGAGGGAGAAGUUGGAGAUAACUGGCCAUCCCAACGGAGGUUGUCACCAGGACUCUCUGUUGGCAGCUACAUCUGUCACGCAAAUGAUGUCACCGAGUGCUUUGUGUCAGAGUUAGUAAGCCAGUAGAAGAAUAAUGAACAUGUCGCAGUCUAAAGUCAACGAAGUUUUAUUCUACUUUGUACUGUGAUACAAAAAAACUUCCCUCGCCUCCGGUCACUAACGAGGCUAGCAAAAUGUUGUAUUACGGAACGCGGUUGAAACUUGCCUGAUGACAGCUAAGUUACGAACGAUUUGAGCAGUUUCACAGACUCGCCAUCUGUAAUAAAAAAAUUGGUUAGGAGGAGAAUAUGAUGCGCCAUGCCGAGCAUGUUUAGCCAUCAAUAUUUUCCAGUACCGUCAGCCGGGGUGAGAUUGUGCCAUCCAACCCGUAACUUUUCAGCCAUCUCUUUCGGGCCAGAAGACUAGUCUUUCUUGGUUAAGUAUUUGAGGAAUUUAUUCAAGAAAGUUUGGUCAUGUGAUCGCCAUGAGAUGGCUGACAAACAAUGGGUUUGUAUGGCACAAUCUCAUCCUGGCUAACGGUUACAUAUGCAUGUUAAUGCAAGUGUUAGCUUAGCCAUUUCACUAAUCAAUGUUUUAAAGGGUUAAUGCUCAUUCUUAUUAGGGUAAUGUAUCAUGAUCCGACCAAUUUAGACUAUUUUCAAGGUACAUCGCUUUUCGUGACACAUUUUCACCAUCAAUAUUACAUGGAAUCCUAAAUCAAAUACAUUUAUCGGAAAAGUCUAUCUGUCUAGUUUACAAAAAUAACAAUUUAUAGCGAAUCCGACGUAAAUUCAUUUAAUUAUACCGUUUUUCCUGAUCAUAGAUUUUGUACCAUGAUCGGACCAGGGUGAAUCAUGAUCGGACCAAAAAAUGUAUCAUAAUCGGACCAGUGUGCUUCUGAGACUUCAAGCGAUUUUCCGCUUCGCGUGCUGGGCUUUACUUGCAUGGUGUUUGGUUUGGGCUUGAUUAAUUAGAUUUUAUCAAUUUUGUUCGUGAUUCUUAAAAUAUUUUCGAACAUUUUUCAUGUUAUUUCGAAAACGUUAUGAAUUAUAUUUGAGUUUCAAAUACAGCAAGUUUGCCUAUUCAAUUUCUGAGUGUUUUUUCGGUUGUCAUUUCGUUUUACCGAUAGCUUACUCCACCACUACAAUUUUGAAAAACAAUGUAUGACAAAUAGUACUACAAAUUUACCGAAUAUUGCAAUGCUCUAAGUUUUAUGCCUGAAGUGUGACAGCUCAUAUUUAAGCGAUAUUCAGCCAAUGUUACUUAUUACGGGAAUUACUUCUCGGUGAAAUAUAUUUCACUCCCACGCUCACUUCACUUUUUGAGACCUAUUCCCGAUUCAAUCUACGAGGUGGUCUCCAUCAGUGAGGUGGCAAAAACUAGCUCCGUGAAGUGAGAUUGACAGUAAAGUGAAAAUGAGAAUAAGACAAGUAAAAUGAGUUUCCAAGCACAAAAAUUUCUAAGUCUCAGAAAGUGGAUUUUUUCCGAUUUUUUUAUUCGAGAGAACACCAGAUCUCAAAGUUUUGUACAUUUCUAAGACAUGAAAAUUUCGAUAUCGAACAGUUCAUAAACUUCAUCAGUCAAAAAAGUGACACUUUGGCCGCUUUGAGACACCACUUCUCGAAGUUCGAUUGAGCUGAAAUUUUUUAUGAGGACAUUUUUAGAGAAGACGAAGCUUUUAAGCCCUACCGCUAAACUUAAUUCGAAGAUAAUUUUUUUCUUUUACGUUUCAUCAGCCGCAAAAUUUUGUUUGUGUUUGAGAGUUUCGUUACUGAAAAAUACAUUGGCUAUAUAUUAUCAUCACAAAUCAAUCGGUUUUUAAACCUUCUUCAUCUUCUUGAAAUCAUUUCAUCGUUUAAAAUGGUCGUGAAAAAAUUCAACGCUAAACGUCACUAUCCCAUUUUAACCUAAGAGAGUCCCGUAAUAGGAUUGUGUUUACUUCACUCUGAUUUCACCGUAAACUCUUCCGUAAUAAGCACCAAUGAUCGCGGUGAAUAGCAUUAUGUAUAUUAUAUAAAUUUCACUCAAAAUUUAAAACAUUUAAUAACAUUUUACUAACUUGAGCCAAACUUUCUCACUAAAUUGUUAGUAUAGUGUAUGUGUAUGUAUGUAUUUAUUGAGAAAUAAUUAGUGUCCAUUCUUUUAAAGUACUCAGAAGCUUUAGUUUGUUCCAUUUUUCCUCUAAUUUUAAACCAACCGUUCUUUUGAAAACGUUAUAUUUUCUUAACACUUCAACUGCUUGUUAAAAUAUCUCACGAAAGCGCUACUAACUAUGUGAUUUCAAUUAAGUGAGAUUGGCUAUCUCUUCACUAAAGCACUAUCUGUUAUUUUGCUUGGUCGCUAAGUUGUUUAAAAGAAUAAAAACUAUUAUUUCAUACUGCUUAAAAGUUCAAUCACAGUUUAAGGUUAAUUAAAGGGAGUUAUCGGUGCUAUGUUAUAAAUCUUUUCGUAGAAACCUUAGUCAUAUUCGUCAUUGUAUUUGGUAUCUCCGAGCGUUUUUAUAAAGCUGAGACAGAUGCCUUCGAGAUGCCUCGAAGAAAGCUAUGACAACCAAUCAUUCACAAAUAUAAACUUUCAUAUAUUUUAAUAUACGAUUCUGUCAUAAACUGGUCGAAAAUUUGCGGAAAAAAGUGCUUCUUAAAUUAGGUUGACACUGAGUUAUAUUUUCCCUGUUUGAAGUAUAAUGGGCUGUUUUUAGUAAAGUGUAGUGUAGUGUAGCGUAGUGUAGUGAACCUUACGUCGUUUUUGUGAGGUUUAAUUCUAUAGAAAAUAAGCUUCAUCAUUUACAUUCUGUUCCAAUGAAUUAAACGUGAAAUCCUUCAUUGGGUAUAUCAAGCAUAAGCAAAGUGAAAAGGUAAUGUCUCAGAAGUAGGCUGGUCCAAUCAUGGUUCAAUGCUGGUCCGAUCAUGAUACAAAACAGGCCUUCGCGUUUCACCAAUAAUUCCAACUUUAAAGCAAAUAUUUCAUAUAAAAAGUGUUCCUACAUUGAAUUGAGAUGUUGCAGAAACAUAUUACAGGAAAAUAUACUGCAAUAUUCAAAUAUUUGAUUCCUAAAUCACUGCUUGAAAAUAAGCCUUGAUAACAAUUGUAAGGGCAAUUUGUGCUCGAAAAUAGUUCAUUUUUUAAAACACUUUUAAUAGUAGUAAUACUUAUGCAAUCUGGAUGAAACCUUCUGAACAUCAUCAGAAGAAGUUAUUUGAUGAUGCUGCUACAUAUUUGACACAUUUUAUCGUUCAAAAGUUAAGAAAUCUCGCAUAUACAAAAAUGGUCCGAUCAUGGUACAUUUUCUGACUGGUCCGAUCAUGAUACAACACCCAACAUAAGAAUGCCUUUUGCUUUAUUUAAAGUGUUUUUUUCUAUUUCCUCAUUUAUUUAGUUAUUUAUAUGUGCAAUAAUUUUAAAUAAAUUUUUAAGGACCAUUGAAGAAUCAGAAAGGUGACUUUAAUUAUGUUUGCAAAGUCGUUGUAAACUUCUAAUUAGUAAAGAAUAAAAUAUAAGUAAAAUUGUCAUCGGCGCUCCUGUGCUUUAUAGGUUUACAACGUUUAUUAUGUGUACUUUGACAAAAGAUUUUGUCAUGCAUUUUUCAGAUUUUUUAAAAGUUUUGGGAAAAAAACUAUUUUUUUAUGAACGGCUUCCGCAAACCCCGUUGAUACAGAAAAAGGGCGAUGAGUAGAAAAAGCUUAUAUAUACAUUUUGAAAACAAUAUAAUUCAAGAUUAUGACUACUACUUUUAAAUUUUGAAGUCACUUUUCUCAAAGUUGUCACUUAAGUUUAUUUUUACCAUUUUGACCACUUUCAGCCCGGCUAUAGAUAAAUAAUAGGUAAACGGAAUAUUCGGUUAGGUGUACCAUAGCAUUAGCAUAGCAUAGCAGAAAAACCGAAAAAUGUUAGAGCGAUUAAAAUUCUAUUAUGUUUUAGAAGGAAGUUCGGAUGAUGUUUUUGGAUUUGCCGAACGCUAGGAGGAAGAAAUAUAAAAAUUUAUUAAAAGUAUAACUAGAUGUGAGUGCUGCGGCUUAAUUGCAUCGAAGUCAAUGAGCGUAAUGUGAAAGCGUGGAGGAACGUAUUUUUCUAUUAGUACAUACUGUGAAUGUAAACAAUCAUGUUGCACUAGACGAACUCAAUCGUAAACCCAAACAGUAGACAUUUGGUAUCAACAGAGCGCAGAAGGGGGCGAGCAGCGAGGGGUAAGGCGAGCAAGUGUUGGUAAGAUUUCUCCUCACUUUCCUUUAUGCUCAUUGCAUCGGAGUUAGGAAAAAACGACGAUUCCGAGGGAUUCCACGAAAAAGGGCUCGGAAUAACCGUACGUCUUACACUAAUUGAGCACAACCAAAAUUAUGGAAAUUAAUAAUAAUUAAUAAGAAUAAUAGGAGUUCAUUGUUUUCGUUAGAAAACGGUUUUCAAAUAUGAAUCUACAGAAACAAUAUCAAAUAAUGAUAUCGCUUCUCUUAUGAUCCCACUUAGUACAAUGAGGCAAUCUAAUUGUUGUUUUCAAUUUUUAGUCCAGUACGGCCAGUUAUUGUUUUUAGCAGGUUGAACGGCAUACAAACCAAGUUGCCAUUGUGAUUCAUAUGCUAUCACCGGCAGCGUACAGAUAAUAUGACUAAUUUUCUGAUAUUUUUGCAGGCAUCGCUUUUCUUUUAAAACUGUUGGAUCAAACAAAUCAAUUUAAUUCGUUGCAUUGGUUUCGGGCUGUCAAAAAUAAAUACAAUGCGGAAAUUGAAAAGUUAGAUACCAGUCAGCAUUUAUCCGUCAAAACGAACGA